AUGUAUCGUACUUUUCUUUCUUUGACAAACAGAGAAAAACAUUCCAUACCGGACUUACGUGUAAAUGCUCGCGGAACGGUCAGCAUUACGCAGGCUUCUUCCAUUCACGCUGGGAAAUACGAGUGUGCCGUGGUAGCUGGUGUGAAUACUGCCAAGUCCUCUGCAUUUCUUCUCGUGGCAACUCAGCCGGCCAUUCCCAUCCUUCGACCGAUGAACUCUGAUCGUCCGCUUUCUAGUCCCAAAGAGGGCAACCUACAGGCAUUUGUUUGCACCUGCCCUGUUGUCUACCCACGACCUAAACUGAUUUGGAUUAUUUCCCCCGUCCGCGUGAAUGAAACAAGUGCAGUGCGUCAGCUCCAAAACGAGCCUUCGAGAACUUUUAUAUAUGAACCAGACAAAAGAACAUUUGAUGGCCUUCUUAGCAGUGAACUAAGAAUCAACCUGAGCUGGACGGAUCACGCAGCAGAGUUGGGAUGCAAAGCAAUCAACAGUGUUGGAGCCUCCAUUUCACAACGCAUCAAACUGAAAGUGGAAUUAUAUCUCAACAACGAUUCCGCAUUUGGCAAAAUUGUUCGGAAUCUCAGCCUUCCGAUCCGAGUCCAGGGAGCAUGCGUAAACACCAAGGAGGAGCUGGUGGCUGCUUGGGGUGAAAGUCUGCACAACAGCGCUGACGGUCGCGGGCUACAUGUCUUCUACGACAAAAUCGUUUGGUACUCAGUCAGCUUUAUUCGGCCGUAUCGGGUUGCGGAACUUGUCGGUCCAACAUUUCAGUGCGUGAAAACCCAAAUAAGCUGA